CAGGGCGUUUUGGAGGACAUGCAGAAGAAGAUGGAGAGUCUCGAGCAAGACGAAAAGACCCUUGUGCAUGCCAAGGAGGAGCUUACCCCUAUUCUUGCUCAGCUCAAGGCCCGUCAUGCCGAGGUUAAGAAGAAGCUUGAGAAUAAGCGUGCGAAGAAGCAGGCUAUCGAGGAGAGUAACCAAGAAGAGCUCAAGAAGGUUCGUGAAAGGAUUACGGAACUCGAUGAGGAGAUCAAAGAGCGCAGGGCGCAAUUGGAGGCCGAGGAGAAGGAGAAGGAAGAAGCCGACCGCAAACUUGCCAAGGUUGAAGAACAGACGGCGGACGCAAAACGUAGGAUUACUGCUGCGGAAAAGACUAUCGAGGAGAACCGUGGACUUGACGCCAACGAGAUCGAGGAUUUGAAAGAGCAAGUUACUGGUCUCGAACAGCAAAGCGGUUGGAAGGUCACCUUGAUCAGGAGCAACACCAUCGCCAUCGAGCACGUCGAGGAACUCCGCUGUCACAUCCACAUGAAGGACGGCAAGACUCACGUCACCUUGUCUCUUGUCGAUGAGGACAAGGCAAACGAGUGCACACGUUUCUUCUUUGAUCAUCUUCAGAAGACGGUUCAGAACGAUUCAGAACGUCCUGUGCCUCAAAUUCUUGCUGGACUUAGGAAAUCUUGGGCUGUUUACAAGCGGAUCCGUACGGAGUUCGAGCUCCUUCGGGUGCAACACCCCGUUACUGUCUCCCGUGUCGUGACGGAGGAUGGUACUGCACACCUUCAGGCGGCCACACGCCUUCUCUUGCCUUCCGCACGUUCUAAGCUAAGUGUCACCUUUGCCGUUACUCCGGCCAUCCUCGAUGUCUACCCUGACAUGAACCAGAGCGGCGCCGUCACCGUCAAAGCCGAGGUCAUUUAUGGUACCUUGGACGAAAAGGAAGUAAUGAAGAGUCUAGUUGGGCGGGUUGGCACAGGUGGCUCUGGUGCUUUGACAAUGGCAUGCAAGGAGGUUUACGAUGUCUGGGAGUAAAGGGUGUCGUGCGUUGCUAUGUAGCUUAGGGUUGGGUGGGACUUCGUUAAUGGCGUUACAUCUUGUUUAUUCUUCACUAUUUAUGGAUACUAUAAUUACCAAACACCAAUUGCUAUUCAUCCGC